GAAUCAGACUAAAGGAAGGAGAUCGUUUUGAACACUGGCUGGUUAUGUACUUGCUCAGAUAUUGAUUUCGGGUUAAUUUUUAGCCGAAAAGCUGCAGCUUUAAUCGGUUACAUUACGGAGCUCUAAGUCCAUGUACACUCAAAGCAUGAAAGGAUUGUGUUUGUGUUGGAGACUGUGUGUCUAUAGAAACUCGUACAAAGCCGACACAAACAUUCACUCGCCAUCCAUGAAUGCAUCUCUCUGCUGUACAAUUUCAAAGCUGGAAAUGUCAUAGGUAUGAUUGCGAUGGUGUGUAAUGUCUUUGUGGAAGUCUCUGGUGUGAGACUGGAGAGAGAAAUGCUUUCAGGGCUGAAGAGCUGCUCUUCUCUGCUCCUCUGUCUGCUGGACAUCAUCCACUGCCUGCUCAAAAACCUUUCGUCUGUAGUCCGACUGGCCCUGCAGAGAUCAGACAGUAAUGAAGACACUGAGGCUGCAGAGGAACUACUGCUCAUCAAUAAGCCACUGACAAACCUAAACAACCUCCUCAUUCAGCUGCUGGCGUGUAAUGACAGUGAGGUGUAUGAGGAGGCCAGUCACUGUGUGUCUCUGCUGGCUCAGCUGUACGGAGGAGAGGGUGCGGACCGCCUGCAGCCGGAGGAGCUGCUCAGCCUGGCACACACACUGCAGACGCACACUGAACCCAGGCUGCUCCGUGUGCUAAAACGCUUGAUGAGUGCGGUUGGCAGCUCCUGUUGGGGUUCUUCACGUGCUGCUGAAACUGGCGCUGCCUACUAGGUGAGUUAAUGGACACGGGGUCCUCAUCCAGCACCGCAUGGGCCCCCGGUUGAGUCUCUUAGUGCGACCCUCAUAUUUGAUCCAUUCAUGUCGCCAGCUGAGGCGUAGGCCUCUGUUGAGAGCUUCCUCGAGCACAGGCCUCACCCUCAGAUUGAUACAGGCCUAUUGUGGCUGCCUGUGGGGGCAGGACCCCCCUCUUCUUCCUUCUGCUGAAAUGAGAAGGAAUCCCUUUGAAGUUGCCGAGUCAAACUCGGGAGGCAAAGCUACAGCAAUAUUAGGUUCUUGGCAAAGCAGAGACGAAUUAUUGAAAACAAUGCAUAACUGAAUGAUGAGCUUUCCACUCCGGAGGCCCUUUGAAUAAAGUUUUAAGAGUAUUCCAGCUGCGAUUUAAGAUAUGCUCAAGCAACAUUUUUAGUUACUUCAAAAAAUUAUUUCCACUUUCCUCAAGUGUAAUUUAUAUACACAGUGCUUUUCAAAAUAUUAUAUAAUAUACAAUAUUCAAAGCCGAAUGCAUGGCCUUUCAAAGUAUACUUUGAUAGAAUAUGUGGUUGAUGUAUGCACAUAAAGUUUAUCAGCUAGAGUUUUAUUAAUGUGAGCCAAAAUCAUCACAAUUAAAAGAACCAAAGACUUAAACUACUUCAGUCUGUGUGCAUUGAAUUUAUUUAAUACACGAGUUUCACAAUUUGAGUUGAAUUACUGAAAUAAACUUUUCCACGACAUUCUAAUUUAUUGAGAUGCACCUCUACGAACAAAAGUGAAUGUGACAAAAAUGCAAUUGCAAGCAUCCUUUCAUCUUUGACCUCUUUCAUUGUGUUUUCACAAGAUUCGUACC